AAUGAGAAAUUCUUGUGUACCAUUGUCGACAACCAAGUAAAAAUAUUUUGGUUCGAUUAUUCUCUUUGCACGAGUUGUUUGCCCAUUUCUUCUGGCCGCUUUGGUAGCUUGAAAAAAAUAGUCUCACUUUGCGCCCAUCCUUCGAAGGAUAUUAUUGCAACUGGGAAUGGAUUAGGGGAAAUUUUCUUCUGGUGGAAUUUGACAACUGUAUUCGAAGGCUUGGAAUUAGAUCACUCUAGAAUUUUGGAGACAGAAACUAACGAAUCUGAUUCCGAAUUGUCUCUGUCAACGUCUGAAAAUACCCCUUGUGAUGUGAAUACAUUCAAGAAUGUACUUAAUUUAAUCUCAAAAAAAGCUACAAUCGGAGAAGCACCAUGUUGGAGGCCUGUUGGAAAUUGUUCUAUUAAGAAGGCCACGAUACAUUGGCAUUCACAAGCCAUUCUCUCUUUAGCAUUCUCUGCCGAAGGUGGUCACCUUUUUAGCGGAGGCUUUGAAGGAGUUUUGGUUAAGUGGGAUAUAACCGAGUGCUUUGGAGGGCCUCGACUACGUCGAUAUCUUCCACGAUUAAAUGCCCCGAUUACUGGUAUCGAGACUAUUCAUCCAGAUAUUGACGCUUCACCCACCAGCUGUUUAUCUCUUAUUUUAGCAGCUAACACUUUCCACGUCCUACCAACCUCCUUGACUGGCGUUAUACAUAGUCACUACGGUAUGAGCUCAUCUUCUCUAUUCUACAAUUGCUUCCCUGCAUUACCCGCGUUGUCUCCCAGCCCAACCCAUAUCAGAGUCGCCAUAGAAAAUUCAGACUCUUCUGUCUUCCUCGUGCUUCCUGAAGCCAAAGGUCUUAUCUGUUCCUCGUCACUUCCCAGUGAACAUUUCUCUUUCCUCGUAAAUGGACCGUUAGGUGACCUUCAGAUUGUAGCAUUGAAAAGAGCAACUCCCGUCGAAAGGGUAAUAUUAAUUUAA